AUGUUUCAAAUUCCUGUGGAAAAUCUUGACAACAUCAGGAAGGUGCGAAAAAAGGUAAAAGGCAUUCUUUUGGAUAUCGGGCUUGACAGCUGCAAGGAGUUAUUGAAGGACCUUAAACCCUUUGAUCCAGGAGAGAAGUUCUUUUAUAACACAUCAUGGGGAGAUGUUUCUCUCUGGGAACCUUCUGGGAAGAAAGUGAGGUACCGGCCAAAGCCCUACUGCUGCAGCCUCUGCAAAUACUCGACAAAGGUGCCCACUUCCUUCAGAAAUCAUCUGCAUCGUUGCCACGAGGAUGAAAUGGACCAGGAGCUAGUGGUCCCUUGUCCACAGUGUGCGUUUGCGUCACAGCCCAAAGUCGUGGGGAAGCACCUGAGAAUGUUCCACGCGCCUGCUCGGAAGGCGCAGAACUACCCAGUGAACAUUCUAGGCGAAGCGCGACCUUCCAGGAGCGACGCCACAAGUUUCACGUGCUUGAAGUGCAGCUUCUCAAACACACUGUACUACAGCAUGAAGAAGCACGUGCUGGUUGCCCACUUCCACCACCUAAUCAACACCUACUUCGGCCUACGGACCGAGGAGGUGGCUGAGCCGUCGAAGGCCAGCGACGUUCUUCCUGCUGAGAAGAUGCUGCCCACCGACAGGUACUACUGUAAAAAGUGCAGCGCCAGUGCCAGCAGCCAGGAUGCUCUCAUGUACCACAUUCUGACUUCAGAUACACACCGGGACUUGGAAAAUAAGCUGAGGUCUGUGAUCUCAGAGCACAUUAAGAAAACUGGACUUUUGAAGCAAAUGACGAUUGCCCCCAAACCAGCUGCACAUUUGGCCGUCCCACCCAACAGCAAUGCGCCGGGGGUCCCAGCCACGCCUCCUUGCUUCCAUCUUGCGUUGCCGCAGAGUAGCCAAAGCCAAACCCUAAUUCAGCCCGUCUCUGUGGCCUCGGGUACGUCAGGGGCGCUCACCUCCCAGGCCUCCCCUGCCAUCACCCAGUCCCAGGUGGCACUUGUCUCCAGUCCACUGUCAGUGGGCCCCAAUGGCCUGACUCUGCCGACGCCAGUUCCGCAGCCUGUCUUCAUGUCCCACGGUGUCCCCCUCAGCCAGCCGGUGAGCCCCGCUGUCUUGCCCUUGAGCCAGCCUGUUGGGCCCGUAGCCAGCUCUACUGAGACCGGUGUUCUCCCUGUGAACCAGACCAUCUGUCCAGGGAUUCUGCCCCUCACUCAGCCCGUUGGGCCCCUGAAUAGACCUGCUGGGGCUGGAGCUCUCCCCGGCAGCAGGCCCACCGGGCCUGGCGUCCUUCCUGUUGGGCAUGCAGUCGCCCCUGGGGCUCUGCAGGCUGUUCCACCAGGGGUGAUCUCUGUGGGCCGGACAGUCCCCCCAGCUGUGCUUCCUGCAGGCCAGGUGGCUCCUGUAGGGGUUGUCCCUUCGGGACAGACAGCUUCUUCAGGGGUGCUCCCGGCUGGUCAGGUGGUCCAGUCAGGGGUGCUCCCCAUUGGCCAGACGGCUCCAUCAGGUGUGCUCCCUGCUGGGCUGGCAGUCCCGUCUCGGGUACUCCCCCCCGGCCAGACAGUGGUCCCUGCAGGGCUGCUUCCUCCAACGUCAGCAGUCUCAUCGGGGGUACUGCCUGUGGGCCAGACCAUGAAUCCUGGUGUCCUGCAGCUUGGCCAACCUGUUGUGUCGGGCGUCCUUCCAGUGGGUCAGCCCGUGCGGCCUGGCGUCCUGCAGCUCAGCCAGUCUGUUGGCACCAGCCUCUUGCCUGUGAGCCAGCCCGUCAGGCCUGGCGCUGCACCCAGCACUACCUUCCUCACCUCGGGCUCCAUCCUCAGGCAGCUCAUCCCCACGGGGAAGCAGGUGAAUGGUAUCCCCACAUACACACUGGCUCCGGUCUCGGUCACUCUGCCCGUGCCUCCAGGGGGUGUUGCAGCCACUGCCCCACCCCAGAUGCCCCUCCAGCUGCUACAACCUGGGGCGGCCAGCCUGCCCCCACCGCCCGUGGUGGUGGGCACACCUCAGAACGUGUUUGUUCAGGCCUCAUCAUCCAUGUCGGAGACAAGUCAGGCCCUCAAACAGGCUAAGCAGUGGAAGACUUGCCCUGUCUGCAACGAGUUGUUUCCCUCCAACGUGUACCAGGUCCACAUGGAAGUGGCACACAAGCACAGCGAGGCCAAACCCAGUGAGAGGCUUGAGCCUGAGAAGCUGGCAGCCUGUGCACCGUUCCUGAAGUGGGUGAAGGAGAAGACUGUCCGCUGUCUGUCCUGCAAAUGUCCCAUCCCGGAGGGCGAGCUCAUCCGCCACUUGCUGACACAUGGCCUGGGCUGCCUCUUCUGCCCCUGUACGUUCCACGACCUCAGGGCCCUCGCGGAGCACGGCCGCACCAAGCAUCUGGGCAAGAGAAGGCUGCCUGUGGACUACAGCAGGGGCUUCCAGCUGGACGUGGACGCCGCUGGCAACUUGCUCUUUCCCCACAUUGAUUUCAUCACCCUCUUGCCGAGGGACGAGCUUGGUGAGCGGGAGGUAUACCUGGCGGUGCUUGCAGGCAUCCACUCAAAGGCACUUGUGCCUGUGUACAUUAAGGUGCGGCCCCAGCCCGAGGGUGCUGCUAGUAGCCCCAGCCAGCAGGCGAUGACCUGCCCCUUCUGCUUUGGCACUUUUGUGACCACGGAGGUAUAUGAGGAGCACCUGAAGGAGAGGCACCACAUCACUCCCACUGUGCACACAGUCCUGAAGUCGCCUGCAUUCAAGUGCAUCCACUGCUGUGGGGUCUACACGGGGAACAUGACCCUGGCGGCUAUCGCCAUCCACCUGCUGCGGUGCCGGAGUGCCCCAAAGGACAGCAGCUCAGACCUGCAGCUGCAGCCCGGCUUCAUCGACAACAGCGGGCUGCUCCUGCUCAACGGGGAUGUGAUCCACGAGUCCAGCUUCUCUGUGAAGAGGAAGCUGCCCGAUGGCCACACUGGGGCGGACGACCCGAGGGCCGGGGAGGAGCGACCUGUUGUCAUCAACGCCGACUCCACAGCCGCUCCUGAAAUGGCGGCAGCAAGUGCCAUGCCUUUCAAGAGACAGAAGAAUGAGAGCAGGACAGAUGGGCUGCUCGUUACUGAUGACGCGCUUCAGAUCCUCGCCCUGAACCCCCGGGAGUACGAGGAUCGCUCCUACGAGGACAAGAAGCAGUUCCUGAGGGACUACUUCCACAGGAGACCGUACCCCAGCAAGAAGGAGCUAGAGCUGCUCUCCUCACUCCUGUGGGUGUGGAAGAUCGACGUGGCCUCGUUCUUUGGGAAAAGAAGGUACAUUUGCAUGAAAGCCAUAAAAACUCACAAGCCUUCUGUUCUUUUAGGGUUUGACAUGUCUGAACUGAAAAAUGUUAAACACAAAUUGAACUUUGAGUAUGAACCACAGAACUUGUAA